CUCUGCCCCGGCCAGGGCACACAGGCAGCCCAUUGUUGGAGCCCCUUCGGCGCGGCGGGAGCAGGAGCUGACGAUGGCGAUGAUGACAAUGCAGACGGGAGGACUGAUGAUGGCCGCGCUGGGCUGGCUGGGCUCCAUCCUCACCUGUGCCCUGCCCAUGUGGAAGGUGACGGCCUUCAUCGGCUCCAACAUCGUGGUGGCCCAGGUGUUCUGGGAAGGGCUGUGGAUGAACUGUGUCUAUGAGAGCACGGGGCAGAUGCAGUGCAAGGCCUACGACUCUCUGCUGGAGCUCACCUCUGACCUGCAAGCUGCUCGUGCCCUGGUGGUCACCUCCAUCUUUGUGGCCUUCCUUGCCUUCUUCAUUGCCCUCUCGGGAGCUGACUGCACCCGCUGUGUGGAUGACAACGGCACCAAGACCAGGAUCUCUGCGGUGGCAGGUGUCAUCUUCAUCAUGGCCAGCAUCAUGCUGCUCAUCCCUGUCUCCUGGUCUGCCAACAACAUUGUCAGCAACUUCUACAACCCCAUGGUGCCUGAGGCCCUUAAGAGAGAGCUGGGGGCUGCCCUCUACAUCGGCUGGGCCUCCAGUGCCCUGCAGCUCUUUGGUGGGGGCGUCCUGUGCUGCUCAGGAUCCCAGUCCCAGCAGGACCCCUACCCUAAGAAGUACAGGGCAGUGAAAACCUGUGGCCCAAUGGGUUAUGCCAUGAAGGACUAUGUGUGAGCCACUGUGCCCAGGUGCCAGCCCGAGGCAGAGCACCACUGUCUCUGUCCUGCAUCCCUGUGCCACACCCUCCCCCUGCACUACCUCCUCCUGCCCAUCCCCACUGGAUGACCCCCAGCACGGUCCCCACAUGUGCCCUUCCCCAGGGCAGGGACUAUAAACAUCCUGGUGCCACCAAGGCUGCCUGGGCUCAUUUUGAACAGCGCGGUGUGGGGAAGAUGGUGACGCGUCCUGGGGGUGCUGUGCCCUGCCAGCUGCUGUGUUCCAGCACCUAGAACACCCCCAUCUUCCCAUAGGGAUCAGCAGUAGUCAGCCAGGGUGCUCCUGGCAUUCCUUGCAGCAGGAAACAGAGGCAGGGAGAGGACGCCGAGAGCUAAGAGAGGCACGGGGGGACACCAGGUGCUC